AUGUCUCUUCUCUCGGAUAUCAUCUUGCAGACACAUGCCAUCUCACAACGUGUCGAGGUUGAGAAAUCGACAAGCCUUGAUAAUGGCGUGAACCUUUCACCCAAAGAACAGGCCAAGAGCUUGGCUGCCAAGAACCGAGUCAUCCGAGCCUUGGAGAGCAUCACUCAGAGUCUGAAGGCCGACUUCGAUCCAACUCAGCAAAAGAGUGCUUCCUAUGGACUUCAUGAACAGGAAUUGCCUUCUGCUGAUGUGCAGCCCAGCCCAGACACUGUCCUUAAGGAGGGGAUGUCCGACAAGCCUGAGGGUCUCGGUGGCCAAGCUAUGUCUCUCAACAAGAUGGCCGAGGCGAUUGGGCCUAUCAUAAGCACCUUUGAUAGUGUUCUGUCCAAGCCAUACCUCAAAUAUCACAAUGCGACACUUACCAGUACCACUCCAAUCGUGGGUCUGAAAGGUGACAACAUCAUGUACAUCGAGACUCAGUCCACAGCAGUCGGUAUAAAGGAUGUCUGGUCGAUCUUCUCUCCUGUUCCUGAAGGAGCGAACGUCAACAGCAGCGUCGCCGUCCACUUCUUUCCCUACCAGGGUGACUUCAUCAUGGCCGUUGGCACGACUCUCUGGCGCAAGAAGCACCGUAGUGAUCUGGGCAGAUCCAGCGACGACAUCCGCCAAGCUUCCAUUGCCUGGCCGAAGCUCUACCAUGACGAGUGGGAGAAGAUUGGCGACAAGUGCCUGCCGGACGGAAACCUCAGGAGCAUCAUCCCCUAUGCUCUCCUAUCUGCUGCAGGAAACCAGAUCAAGUUUCAUCUUCUCAUUCUCACCCAAGAUGGCACGUUGCAGGUCCUUGACGGCAGCGAUCUUGGACCAAACAAUACCUUCGUCUCCAUGAACAAUAUCUCCAAGGAUGCUGCUAAGCAGGGCCUGGUAAUGCACAAAGCAGCCUACUGGAAUGGCAAGAUCAUUGGCUAUGAUGAUGCCGGCUAUACCUGGAACCUCUACCCCGACUUCAAUCAACGCACCAUUGAGGCAAAGGACAAGCAACAAGUUGAGCCAAUCAAGCAGCUUACAGCCACUGAUAUCGGCCCUGUUGGCGUUCAGAAGGACGGUUUUCUAUGGAUCCGCCAAGACAAUGUCGUCAACCUGGGUGUCGCCUCACCAGGCGUGAUGCUUGACCUCGAGACCCUCACGAAGUCCCUGAAGGACCGCUACAUCACCACUCAGACGGCGCUGUACCCGGUUGUCAACAAGAUCAAGACCUUUGCCGUAACGCACAAGUUCUUCUUGAAUUCUCUAUCGGAAACAGCCAAGGAACUUCAGAACUCUUCCAGCGAUGAGACAAAGAACAAUCUAAAGAUCGCCAGCGCGAAGAAGUUUGUCUCUCAUGCGAAGGUGUGGGCCACUCUCUUGAAGACCCAGAGCGAGUAUGGCGGUCAAUCAGUCAAUGUCAUGGGCCAGGAUCUCUCCUCGGUUAAGACGCAGCUCAGCCAGCAGCUGAGCUUGCUGAAGGACAAGAUGACUGCACUCACUGCGCAGCUGAAGGCCCUCAAGGACGCGGAAUCAAAAAUCAAGGCUGCCUUCUGGAUCUCCAUUGCUGUUGCCGUCGUCGGGCUCGGCCUCACCAUACUGGCACUAUGCACUGGGGUAGGCGCUGUGUACGCCAUCGCAGCUGGCGGACUGUUCGUUGGCGGACUAGUUGCUGUGGGCAUCUUCGCGAAGCGCUGGGCCGACAUCUCGGACCAGAUCUCCAAGGUCGAGGCACAGUUACGCGACGUCACCACAGCCAGUGAAGAGCUUGAGUUCGUGGUCAAGAACUUCAGCGAUCUAGAGGAUAUGUACGGGAAGCUCAGUCAAUUCUGGGGUAAAAUGUUCAACUCGGCUGUCAGCUUGCAGGGCAUGGACAAGGCGACUGCUCUACAGCUUGGCGCCGGCAUCUUGGAGGACCCGUCAUCUAUCGACGCAGCCAAGGACGUCACUAGACAGAUGGAGAAGGCUUGCGAUGUUUACCUGGCUGUGCUGAAUGGGUGCGGUAUCCGGCUGCCCCGAGACGAUUCUGAUGACGAAGAGGAAGACGCGGCUGGAGAUCUUGUCAGUACUACUGAUGCCGCCAGCGCCAGUGUGGAGUUCGACCAGACCUUUUACAAUGUGGUUCCUUUCAACAACGCAGUGUCUGAUGCUUGCGCGGCCCUCAAGGAAGGCGACUUCGACCUUUAUACUCUGAAGAUGAGGGACGCAUACACGAUCGAUGCGCACAGCAUUACCUCACAAAACUCGGGUACAACUCUUCUUGACUUUGAGGAUGUUUUGACCGAUGAGAGACCAUCCAAGGACAUUGCGAGUGCCUUCAUAGGCAGCGCAAUUGACAGCUCCGUGUCGGGGGUCACGGGCGUCCCUCUUAUUGACAUAAUCCCGGAGAUUUUCAGGUCCAAAAUAGCGAUCAUGAGUUCUUCGCUUCCAUUCACACUGCAGGAUCCUCAGAGUAAUCGACUCAACGGAUUGCUAGUCAAAGCCAGGACCGAGGUUGUUAGCCUGCUUGAUCAAACUAUUGAGCUCGGUACAAUAAGCCAAGAAUGGGUGGCUAGAAUGCCGGACUUACCGACCACAAAUGAAGACCGGAAGAUGGCGUCUGUAUACCGAGAUAAAGCCGGAAAGAAUUGCAAAGAGGCCCAGGCCAGUGCCCGGCUUGCCAACAACGCAUUCGUAGACUUCAAUCACGAGGCGACCGAGCUUCAACAGAGUCUAGAGCGCCGAAUCGUCAAAUGCAGGGACGAUAUUAGAGCAAGCGAAGCCAGCAGAAGGUCACUGCUAGACAGCGUCAACAUCCCCACGCCUGUCUGGUUCAUCCCAGUCGCCGGGCCUCUGAUCGGAGCCAUUGCGACAGGCGUGAACCGCUCCAAGAUCGACGAAGAAGUGAGCAGAUGCGAACGUCAGAUUAACGAUCUGUCCUUGGAAGUAGUGAAUCUGGAAUUCCAGAGGAAUGUUGGGGCGCUGUUCAUGGGACAGACGCAGACUUGGAUGGACUUCUGCCAGAAGGCUAGUCGUGCCCUCGGCUCCAUCUACAAUGACAUGACGGCUAUCAAGCUGCAGAUCAAGUACGAACUUGAGGUCGACCCAAAACUUUGGAAGCAAGUCACGGCCACAGAGUGGAGCAAGGUCCGCCGCGACGCAGAGGAAUGCAAGGCACUCAUCGGCAGCGCGCAAGAGACUUUAGCAGCUGAUUUUGACCUUGCGGUCUCUUCCAAGAGAGCUGACUCGGCCCUGCUGCAGGCUGUCACCCCUAGUAUGAAACUGAUGCCUGAGUUGCAAAGCCAGGUCGCCAACUCGAGAAUCGUGUGGAGCGAGAUUCAAAAGCUUCGCGAGUUGAACUACUCUGAGGACAUUGUGGCCUAUUUGGAUCCUGAGACCAAGAACAAGACAACUGUUUUUGAUAUGGUCGACAACAUCCGCACGACAUACAUCCAGAUGGCAGCUACUCAAUACAACACGGUGCAACAGCUGUACACCCUCGCGCUGAUCCAGGAGGCACGGUCCAAGAAUGCAGCGUCAGGUGCAAUUCCGAUGCAUAUUUUCCUGAAACACACCUUCUCCGCCAUUGAAACGGCGAAGAAAAAUGCGGCGCAGACGAAGAAGACAUAUGCCUACAUGGCAAACAACUUCAGAGAGAGAAUUGCGCUGACCAGACGCAACGUCGCUGAGCUCAGGACUGCCAUUACCGUGGCCAAUCUGGACAAGGCGCGCCGAGACCAGGAUUAUCGCGACAAGAUCAAUGGCAUCAUUAUUCAGGGAGCUCUUACAGCCUUUGCUACAGGUGGCCUGGUUGCGGCUGCUGCUGCUGCUGCUUAUGUUGGGGUCCCACUCGCGUCUGUUGCCUCGGUCAUCUCCGCAGGAGGAGUCCUGUUCGGCGGUACCAGAGGAAAUGGCGGCGAGACGACGGGCGAGGAGAUUGAUGGAAACAAGGAGAUUUCCAAUCGAGAAGACACCAAGAAUGAGAAUGAGAAUCCUGAUGGCCAUGAAGAUGCUGCUGCAGGCCACAAUGGGGAACCCGAGGAGGGAUUCGACACCACUACUGCGGCAAAAGACGCUGACACUGACACCAAGAAGCCCGAUGUCAAGCAGCACAAGCUCGAGGCCACCGAGCUAGGCAAGCGCCUGUUGGACAAGCUGAGCCUGCCUGAGCUCGCCAUGCUCGUUGCGCUCGUCGAGGUUGCCAUAUCGGUCAUGGAGCGCACCGUAGCUGCCAUGGAGACUUUGCAGAAGCCACUGCAGAAGCUGGUCGAGGGUAUCGUAGAGCUAUCCGAUAUAAUCAGCGACAUGGACGACACUUGCGACCAGCUCGCCCACUCGCUGGACUUCACCGCGCCGAUCCCAUUCACUAAGCAGGAUGCGAGCGCUGUCGCAGAGAAGUGGCAAGGUGUCAGUGACGCGUGCGAGGUUUGGCUCGACUUGCUGAAUGAGCAGCGUAUCUCUCCCAUUUCAUUCUCUCAGGUUUAA